GCUUGUUCAGCACAGAAUUGUGGCUACAGUCGUUUCAGUUCGGUUUAUCGCCGGUUAAUUUGCAACAUAAGGUAAUUAUCUAUUUCAUGAAACCUGAAAUAAGUACGGGCAAUCUUUAGGUGUACACCUCGACAAUUUAAUAACCCUGCAGGCGCCCAUCCGUGAAAGUGUAAGUGAUUUCAACCGAUAACUGGUGUGCUGUGCGUUAAUUGUGCAUUAAUAAAGAUACAGGCAUUUGCCAUCCACUAUAGUAGAACGUACUAUAAUUGUGCCUAUUGGUUACCGGCUUCCCAUGUUAAGUUCGGAUCGCGACUACAGUAAUCUGCAUUAGUGCUGCUUCUGUAUCAUGUAUAAGUGCUGACCUUCACGUUUCUUAACAUGCGCAUAUCAAAAUCGUAUCGCGGUUUUUGACCUUCAGUAACCGUUGAAAGUUUAGAUUAUUGUCAAUUCUGUUUGUAGGAACGAUAUUCCGUCUUGUUUGGACUCGAAAAGUAACGAAACUUGUUUGGGAUAGAUGCGACAUUUUUGAAUUAUCAGAGUCGACAUAUAUUCAAAAUGAAAACCAAACAGCCUUUCGCUUUUAUUGCCUUAUUAUUUACUUUCUUCUUAUUGGAAGCAAGUGGACAACUAUCUUUAGAUGAAAUGGUCAGUAAGAUUCAAGGGGAACAUGGAAUCGUAUUCAACUCUGCUGAUUCACCCACACCGCCUCCCCAUCUAACCCACCAACAUUAUGAAAUAGCAGAUCCUGGCAUUCCAACUGAUCCGCGCUACGACCCUCGAAUAUCUGAAUUCGUGUCAACCAAGAUACUCCAAAUAGCACAUAACAUUACCAUGCAGUAUCGGGAUGUACCCGUGAAAAGCAGCAUAGUUGCACCAGUUAGCAUUGCCGGAGCACUUGCUCUUCUCCUUCUUGGAGCUAGUGGACAAACUUUCAACGAAAUCAUGCACCUUUGCGGGUUCGACCAGAGCCCCACGUUACUUUCAAAUCCUUACAAAAUACAUGAAGAGUUUGGACUGCUAAUUGAAGACUUAUUGAGUGACCUUCCGAACCAAUCGAGACCAAGGCCAUUGAGUCCUUGGAAGUAUAUGACGCAUACGAGAAGACGCUCUUUCAAUAAAAGCAAUUCUACAACUCCAUCCCAAUACCAUUUCAUUUCGGUUGCCAAUGCCCUUUUCACCCAAAAGCAAUUCAGCCUGCGUCCAGACUACAAAACCGCUGUUGAGGACAUCUACCGAAGUGAAUUGAUACCGCUAGACUUCCGUGGUAACAUUGAAGGCUCCAAAAAAUUCAUUAAUGAUUGGGUUAACUAUAAAACUCACGGAAAAAUUACUGAAAUAGUUGGCCCAGAACUUAAUACCGAAACAAAUAUGAUUAUAGUUAGUUCGUUAUAUUUCAAGGCAUUGUGGGAGCAGUCAUUCAUCGAUGGAGCAACUAAUAGGAAAAACUUCUACCCCAACGGUUUGAAUGCCGCACCAAUCACAGUCGACAUGAUGGCCCAUGGAGGUGUCUUCCCUUUCUAUGAUGCCAAGGAAUAUGAUUGCCGCAUCCUUGGAUUCCCCUACCGUGGCAACCAAACCACCAUGUACAUUAUCCUUCCAAACAAUUCAAGUCGCCAACGCCUUCGGGAGAUCCAAACGUUCCUCACUCCAGAGAAGAUAGAAGAUAUGAUAUCAAAAAUGCAGCUGAAGACUACAAUAAUCCUCUUCCCAAAAUUACACAUCCAAAAUACGGUCGACUUAAAACCAGUUUUCGGGAGGAUGGGAUUUACCAGCGUUUUCAAUCCUGGACAAAGUGAUCUGUCCUUGAUUUCAAGUGGAAUAGUUCGCACAUUUUCUAACUUCAAAAAACCAGCAGGAAGCUUCGUUCAUCCUGAAACACAUAUGGAUCCAAAAAUUCCAGUGUUUCAACCAGGCGAUCGCUUCUCAACCGCUGCUGCUUCACCUGUAAGGGGCAGCUUAGAGAAUGAAUUGGUAUUUUCCAGGUUCGGAUCCGAGGAUAUCACUGAUGAAAUGAAAGAAAUGCAGUCAGACCAAGCACAACCUUCCGACCAAGAUGCUUCACCUCCAUCAGAAUCUCAAUCAGACGCUAAACGACGCAAACGUGCUGUUACAUAUAAAGUUGAAAGUGGCUUCCAUAAGGACACUCCCUCCUUACGUUACAAGGACUUCGUCUUGAGCAAGAGAAUCAUUAAGCAAAAAUCCGAAAAGAAAAUCUCACGAGGACGAAGACAAGUUGUGAAUCUUUCAGACAGUUUAAGGCGACUUGACAGCCUUAGGAAUAGCCAAAAUCUAGUAAAUCCAGGACUUUUCGCAGAUGCUAUUGUUCAUAAAAUCGAUUUGACUGUGAACGAGGAAGGCACCGAAGGUGGAGCUGCCACAGCGGUUUACCUUACAAGGACGGGAACUGAUGUCGUGUUUAGAGUAGAAACCCCGUUUAUCCUUUUGGUUCGACAUGAUGCCACAAAGAUUCCACUGUUCUAUGGACCCGUUUAUGAACCAUCAGCAUAGGUUGGUCAGUUGAUAUUGCGCACUGUGUGUACAUUUUUUCACGUUGUGCUGUUUCUAAGAUGAAUAAUUUUUCAUAUUUUUUAAGUUACUCAAUUGCAGUACUUUUUUCCUAUUUAUUAUAUUUUUUUAAAAAUAAAUACAUCUAACAGAAGUA